UAGGCACUGUUUUCUGCUUGAUUCACCUGCAGGGUUGUUCAGUUGUUAGAGUUUUAAAAUGUUGCAGCUUUUCUCUCUGUAUUAGCUGGAGGCUCGGUUGUGCUUGGAGUACAUCAGUUAUGUUGCUUCUAACCCACUUCUUUUUUUAAAUAGGGGUUGAAACAGUAAAUACAGUCAACAGAUUUAAAAAGAAAUCUGGUCAUUCUUCUGUGUGCACAAGAGGUAUUGGAUUUAGCAUUGACUCACAAGCUGCCAAGACCAGCAAUUGUGCACCAUCUCCUCGCAACAUGGAAAAAGAAAACAAAGCUGGGGCAGCCAGGAAUGAAAAAGCUGUGAGCUGCUUAUACCCAAAGCCUAAUGCAGUUUGUAGGCUGAUCUGCUUUCCCUGGGCAGGAAGUGGCUCCCUUUAUUUUGCCAAAUGGGGCGAAAAGAUGAAUGACUCACUGGAAGUGCACUCCAUAAGGCUCGCUGGGAGAGAGAGUCGAUUUGAAGAGCCUUUUGCCAGUGACAUGUGCCAGAUAGUUGAUGAAAUUGUUUGUGUUCUGCUGCCAGUCCUCCAGGAUAAACCAUUUGCAUUUUUUGGCCACAGUAUGGGGGCCUACAUUGCUUUUAUGACUGCACGACACCUAAAAGAAAAACAUAAGCUAGAACCAAUGCAUUUAUUUGUGUCAAGUGCAACUCCUCCUCAUUCAAAGGCUAGGCCUCGCAUUCCUGAAGAUAAAGAAUUGUCAGAAGAGCACUUUCGCUCUUUAAUUUUGACUUUUGGAGGCACUCCCGUGGAUUUGAUUAAUGACGAGGAAUUUUCUCAACAAUAUUUGCCCAGACUGAUGGCAGAUGCACGCAUUAUUAGCGAUUACACCUUUAAUGCACCAUCUGAGGCCCUUCUAUCUUGUGACUUGACAUGCUUUGUUGGAUCUGAAGAUGUAGUAGAGGAUAUAGAAGCCUGGAAAGAUGUAAUCAGUGGAAGUUUUCAUAUUUUUGUGCGUCCAGGAAAUCACUUUUAUCUCAUGGAAACUUCCAAUGAGACCUUCAUCAUGAACUACAUAACCAAGUGUCUAGAAAUAUCGAUGCUUGCCUGACUAGACGUUUUUCCGGUCUUAAAAAGUCGAAGUGAUUAUAUGAUAAUUUGAAAAAUUUUUUCAGAAGUAGUUCUUUGUUUUCAUUCAGAAAUUGGAAAGUUAUACAUUUGUUCCUGCCAGGGGAUUUGUUAUGUAUAUAUACACCUGUAUCUGGGGACAAAAGUCAGAUGGGUCAAGCAUACUUCUGGUAGGGCCUUUGUCUUUGUAUUAGAAUCUCAUCUGAGUCUCAUCUGUGGGAAGUUUGUCAACAAAAUUCCUGCUUAGUAAAUGAUCCAUUUUUACAUUCAAUUAUUUUAACAGUGAAAAUGGCAGACAGGGCAUAUGCUUGAAAUUAAAUUAUCGUUUCAUCCGCACAAGGGUUCCAAGCUUGAUCUAAUCUUUUAAAAUGUAGGUUCAUUCCAUUUAAUAAGAAAAUGUAACCUGCUUGGUUAAAACAAGAUGGUCCUAAGCAAUCAUUGCCGGCUGCUCUGUUGGUACUCAGAGUGCCUGGGAGCUCUUGCCCUCUUCUGCUGGGUUCCUCCUACAUUGACUGCCCUUUGGCUCUGGAUGGCCCUGCUGCCACCCUGGCAGUGACUAACUUUGGCCGAAGGGGAGUAUGGAGUGGCCAAGUACAAACGCCAUGUCCCAUAGGCACCUCAGCCUCACCCUGAGAGCGUUUGAUGUUGGCAAGAGGAGGAAGUAGAACAGCUGGAAGCAAACAGGAGCUAAAAGGGGGAAAAGCAGAAGGAGGGAAAAUGAGCCCAGUCAGAACAAUGAAGCCUACAAAUGGGGACCGCCGAUGCUCCCGAUGAGAAUGAAGAGGCCCCGUGUCUCUGAGCCGUGUGGAUCCUGCAGUCUCCGGCAAUCCCCAAACUGUUUGUCCUUGGAAUCCUGGCUAUCCUCUCAGACAUCCUGACUUCCUUAUUUCCUGUGGAUCUUCACAAUAAACUCUAGUACUUGA